AAUCGCAACCAACGUACCUUACGUUGAAACGUACGUAAUACGUUGAAAACAUGCGUAUUACGUUGAAAAUCCUGCGUACCUUACGUUGACAUUCGUGCGUAUUAUGCAGGUUGGAAAUUGGUCGUACCUUACGAUGGAAAAUCAUCGUAUUACGCACGAAAACCAACGUUCUUCUGAGCGCGUUCCAGCCUUGAGGCAACCUAAGAUUCGAGAGAAGGCCUGGUCGGUCCGUUCUGCGACAGUUAUUUCACCGCUGCCUGGAAAUGGACCAAGUUGCGCUGUUGGCGUUGCCGGACGAAGUGCUGCUGGCGGUGCUGGCCCACCUGUCGCCGCGGGAGCUGCUGGGUUGCCGCGUGCAGUGCCGGCGCCUCAGAGACCUGUGCCUGCACCGGCGGCUGUGGACGGCGGCCUGCGUGUCUGACCUGGGCGUGCUGCGCGCCGCGCUGAGCCUCGCGCCGUGCCUGCGCCAGGUGACGGUGAGGGCGAGCGAUCUCGAGGCCGUGGCCUGCCUCGUGCAAGGCAGCGCUUGCGUCGUCACGAUGCUGCGGCUGGACGUUCUCAGCCCGAGCGACGCGGCCCUCGCCACCAUCAUCGUCAACAAGCUGUCCUCUGUCGGCGGAGUGAGGAAUCUCUGCCUGAACAUCGGCUGUCCCUCGGCGAGUCCGACCCUGCCGACGCUUCUCAAGGCGAUCCUCUGCAUCCAAGGCAUCGAGGAGCUCACCGUCAACCACGGCCACCGUGUGCCUUUGCCGGCGCCCUGGUGUGAGGUGCCGGUGCGGCCCUCGCUCACUAAGCUGGCACUCUCUUCGAGAGCGGGGGGUCCCUUCAUGCACCAGCUGCUGAGCACACACGCGGCCACCCUUCAGGACGUGUCCAUCCCUCGCUUGGCCGAGGCGGAGGUCCCCACUGCCCUGCUGGGCGAACUGCCACAGCUGCGUCGCUUGGCUUGCCGCGCCACUCAAAGCUUGUCGGAGUUGGCCGACCAUCCCAGCCUCGCGCAAAUCCAACUGUUCGGGGGCGACGUCGCCUUCCCGGACGGCGCUCGGGCCCUCCUGCGAAGAGCCCCCCACUUGCGGGCCCUGGAGUUCCAUGGCGCCUCGGGGAUCAGCUCGGCGGCGGAUCUGCGGGAACUGGCCGGGUCGCGGUCAGCCCCUCUCCUCGAAUCGCUGAUUGGUGUCGGCGGUGCGCCCGAAGUCCUGGAGCAGCUAGCGCCACUCUUGCCCCGGUUCUCCUCGCUGCAGUGCCUGAAUCUGGCCUCGGCUCCCCCGAACCUCCUCAGGGCCAUCAGCCCCGAGUCGCUCCCCAGCCUUUCGACGCUGAGCUUGACCUGUCCGGAUCAAGGCACGUGUCUCCACGCGUGGCUCCACGAUCCGGCCAUCCAGGACCUCCUCCUGCGGAACCCCCGCCUGCACCUCCUGCACUGCGGCCUGCUCGACGUCCCCCAGGGCUGCGCGUGUGUGUGGUGCCGCUGGGGCUGCCACGCGCGGCUGCGCAGCGGAUGGCUGUACUCGGCACACCCCGGUGCCUGUCCGAGGAACUGCUUCCAGGUGGCCGGCCCCUCUCGCUCGUCCCCGUGACCCGGCCAGCCGUUCACCUCUGAUUUCACUACAAACCUAACUGUCUACUAAGUACACACUUACAAAUGCAUGCCUGCAAGUACACACUUGCAAACGCAUGCU